ACUGAGAAAGAAGAAUUCUUAACAAAAGAAGAAGAAAAGGACGAAUCAUUUUGGUGGAGAAAACAAGAAAUUGAGAAGUAGAAUUAGUAGAUUGCAGUUACUUGUUAAUAAUGGUUAUGAAGAAGAGAAACUAACCAACCAUUCAGAUUUCAGAGUCACUGCUAGUUUACUACUACCCACUACCGAGUACCAACUAACAAUUUUUGUCACAGUAUGUAUUUUGAUAGCCCACACCAAAGGUAAAGUCAUUAUCUAUCGCACCUACCAUCCACCAAAGCUAAUUGAAUGACCACGCUGCUCGCUGUCUCAUUAAAUUGCUUUCUUUCUUCUGUCUCGUCAGUUGCCACACGCCAACUCUCUUCGAUCUUUCUUUAUUGCCCAGCGUCCUAAUUUCGGUUACCCUUUACAGCUCUCUUUUCUUUCCUUUGAUAUCUAGUAGAUCCAGAGUCAAAGAUCUCUGCUUUUUAUAAAAGCAGACCCAGUUUUCCUACAAAUAGGAAUAAGAAAGCAAAUGGGUGGUGAAGAGAAAGUUUUCACCUUGGCUGAAGUGUCCGAGCAUAACACUCCAAAGGACUGUUGGCUGAUUAUCGACGGCAAGGUUUACGAUGUGACAAAGUUUUUGGAUGACCAUCCUGGCGGUGAUGAGGUUUUGUUGUCGGCCACAGGGAAGGAUGCAACUGAUGAUUUUGAGGAUGUGGGUCAUAGCACGAGCGCCAAAGAAAUGAUGGAUCAAUACUAUGUUGGAAAGAUUGAUCCCUCAACAAUCCCCCAGAAGACUACAUAUAAACCUCCAAAGCAACCUCAUUACAAUCAGGAUAAGACUUCUGAAUUCAUUAUCAAGCUCCUGCAAUUUCUAGUUCCCCUUGCUAUAUUGGGUUUGGCUUUCGGCGUCCGCAUCUACACAAAAUCAGCUUAAAGAUCCUGAUCACCUUACUAUGGAAAACAAAACAUUUCAAAAUCUAUUUCUUUUAUUAGAGCAUUUUCUGUCCUUGUUUAAACCUAGCAUUUAAGCUUGUUUCAUUGUUGUCUCUUUAUAUCACUGCAUGAUCCAUGAUAGUGUAGGCAAAACUAUGGUGUUGCUGAUGGCUACCCCAGUUAUCUAUUUCCAGCUCUUGGUUAUUUGAAAUGGAAAAUACACUAAACUGAACCAAAUUUAGUAGUACAA